AAUGUUCGGUGCAUAAAUUUGUUGGCCACUAGGAUGACCUAUUGCUGUGUAUCCAUCUGUGUGUCGUCUACCAGGAUAUCAAGAGUGAGGUCAAAGGAGAGCAAAUGUAUUCAUUGUUGAAGCAGUAGACAUUUCGUAAAGUUCCUUUACUAGAUGACACCUUGGCAUGCAGUGUUGUUCUUUGUAUGUGGCUGUUUAACAUCAUAUUUUUUUCACUGUUUCCUGACUACAAAAUAUGCCCCCAGUCCAAUUCACAAACAGCAAUUAAAACUAGCAAUUGGAAUACUGUCAGCAACUGAGAACUUUGAACACAGAGAAGCAAUAAGAAAUACCUGGAAACCAAAAGCAAGCAAAAACAUGCAGGCAUGGUUCAUUAUUGGAAAUAAGGAUUGCCAAAUCCACCCAGAAAACAGAAUCGAUAACUACAGAUGUGAAAAAAGUAAUUUUAAGUUUCAAGAUCCACAUCAUGUCAGAAACAACUUCCUCACUAAUGUUACAGUGCCAAGAGAUACAGAGUUAAGGAAACAUGGAGGAAAUGUUGUUGAUAGACUUAACUUUAAAGUGAUGUCUAAUGUCCUUGUGAAGAGAAUUGGAGUAGUUUCUUUGGUGCUAAACUUUGAGUCAAAUAUUACUGUUCAAAUCUUAGAAGCAUGGUCUGGCAAUGUAGUUGCAGUUGCAUCAUUUUCAACCAUAGAUAGAGGAAUUGAAGUGGGUCACUGUACAUUUCAACCUGUUUCAAGUGUGAUUUUGCACAAAAACUAUGAAUAUGUCGUAGAAAUUGAAAAUUUUAGUAAUCAUGGAAAAAUGUUAGGUUCAGAAAUGAACACAGCAUUAAAUGAUUUUGAUGGUGCAAUAUAUUAUCAAACAAAAAUUAAAACUAGUGAUAUUAUUCUACCAAAUAUGUGGCUUGAAGUUCAAGAUGUUUCUGAUGAUAUAAAUAAUUUCAAAAAUGCAAAAUUACUAGAUAAAGAAUGGAAACAACACAUCAGUGAUGUUCGUUAUAGACUUAAGUUGGAAGCAGAUACUUUUCAAGACAUUUUAUAUGUCGACACUAUUGACAUUUAUAGAAAUUUACCAUUGAAAUUGCUGUUAUUUCACCAAUGGCUGUUUAAUAAUUCUUUGCCGAGUUUUGUUCUAAAAACUGAUGAUGAUUGUUUAAUUGUUUUAGAUUCAGUUCUUCAGUAUAUUUCAGAGCUAAGUGAACAUAAUGACAACUUUGUAUGGUGGGGAAACUUUAGGAAACAGUGGUUAGUGCAAAAGUUUGGAAAGUGGGCAGAAUUUUCAUAUACUGCUGAUGUAUAUCCAGAAUUUGCUUGUGGUUCUGGAAACAUUGUAAAUGCAAAUGUACACAAAUGGAUAGCUAAAAAUGCAGACCAUUUACAUACAUAUCAAGGAGAGGAUGUGUCUAUGGGGAUAUGGAUGGCAGCAAUAUCCCCUGUUCAUUUAGAGGAUAAGCGCUGGCAGUGUUCGAAUAGUUGUACUCAGGAUUCCCUGAGUAUUCCAGAACUUCAACCUUCAGAGAUUAAAGAACAUUGGAAAAAUGUUCAGCUUUGCAAUAAUCUAUGUAACUGCAAUAUUUAAUUUGAAAGUAAAAAUUGAACAAAA